AGGAAGCAAGUAAAACGACGAAGUGGAAGCACAGAAUCUGGCAUUUGAAACAAAAACAAAGAUGUAGUAGCUAUCACUAUCGCAAUAGGGUCCACCACAUUCUUCUUUUUUCCUCCUCAAAUUUCCAUGUAUGUCAUGAUGCAUAUCGUGAAUCCUUUCACACAGACACACACACACUCUUCUUUUCUUCCAAACCCUCGCUCUAACCGGAGCCUUCGCCGCCCAUGUCGUCGCCUUUGCCCGCGAUUUCUCCCGCCACUAACUCCACCGCCUCUCCUCCGCCGUCGGCGACCUCUCCCGCCACUGUCUCCCCUCCUCCGCCUCCCGACGCCACCAAUGCCGCCGCUUCUCCGCCGGCGCCGGCGGUGGCCGCCACUCCGCCCAAUCAUGAUGACGGGAUGCCGAGGGGUACAUUGAACGGAAUAAUUAUAGGCGUCGUUUUAGGUUCGGUAGGUAUGCUUAUCAUUGGAGGUAUUUUCUUCUGUUUGUAUAGGAAUUGGAAAAGGAAGAGAGGCCACAACAAUAACUACUCGCAACCGCCACAACCCAAAGCUGACAUAGCUGGUGGCAUAGUUCAGCAUUGGCAAGACAGUGUUCCUCCAACGACAGAUGGUAAAGAAGGCUUGCCGCUCAAGCCUCCUACAGGGGCUUUAUUAAAUCCAAAACAGUCAUCUGCUGGUCUCCCCACACCUGCUGUGAAUUCUUCGAGCACUAGUAGUAGUUUGGGGUCUGAGAAGACAAAGCCAUACAUUUCCCCAUCUCCUGCCAUUUCCUUGGCGCUAUCUCAAAGCACUUUUACAUAUAAUGAAUUGACUAUGGCAACUGAUGGAUUCUCCAAAUCAAAUCUUCUUGGUCAAGGUGGUUUUGGCUAUGUCCACAAAGGAGUUCUCCCAAAUGGGAAAAUUGUUGCAGUCAAGCAGUUGAAAUCUGAGAGUAGACAGGGGGAGCGUGAGUUCCAUGCAGAAGUUGAGGUCAUUAGCCGUGUGCAUCACAGACAUCUUGUUUCCCUAGUUGGAUACUGCAUCUCAGACAGCCAGAGGAUGCUUGUCUAUGAGUAUGUGCCAAAUAAUACACUAGAAUUUCAUUUGCAUGGAAAGGACAUACCAUGUAUGGACUGGUCAACAAGGAUGAAGAUUUCUAUAGGGUCUGCAAAAGGAUUGGCAUAUCUGCAUGAGGAUUGUAAUCCCAAAAUCAUACACCGUGACAUCAAGGCAUCUAACAUCCUUAUUGAUGAUAGUUUUGAGGCUAAGGUUGCAGAUUUUGGACUUGCAAAAUUUUCAUCAGAUACAGAAACCCAUGUUUCUACUCGAGUGAUGGGAACUUUUGGAUACAUGGCUCCAGAAUAUGCUGCUAGUGGGAAACUCACUGAAAAGUCAGAUGUUUUUUCCUUUGGUGUUGUCCUCUUGGAGUUGAUUACUGGACGGAAACCUGUCGAUAAAACUCAACCCUUCAUAGACGACAGCAUGGUUGAAUGGGCAAGGCCUUUACUGUCCCAAGCUUUGGAAAAUGGAAACUUUAAUGGACUUGUUGAUCCAAGAUUGCAGACGAAUUACAACCUAGACGAGAUAAUCCGAAUGACUGCUUGUGCUGCAACUUGUGUGCGCCAUUCAGCCAGGCUCCGUCCUCGAAUGAGCCAGGUUGUUCGAGCUCUGGAAGGACAUAUUUCUCUAGAAGAUCUAAAUAAGGGGAGCACACCUGGACACAGCAGAGUUUUUGGUUCCUUUGAGAUUUCUGGUUAUGAUAGUGUCCAAUACUCAGAAGACCUAAAGAAGUUCAAGAAGCUGGCACUGGAAACCCAAGAGCAAGGCAUUAGUGAGUACAGUGGUCCUAGCAGCGAGUAUGGGCAACAUCCAUCCAUCUCGACCAGUUCCGGCCAGCAAAAUACGCAGGAAAUGGAAACGGGGAAUUUGAAGAGUAGCAACGGUGAUUCUGCGAUGAACUCUUGAUUGAUGAUUCCAACGUCUUGCAAAAUUGCGAUCCCAACGUCAGAUUGCUAGUGCACCCACGAGAUUGGUACAUAUAAUUUGUUGGUAUAUUUUACAGGUCCAAUGUAAGAAUCGGCUUGCACAGGAUGAAUAGUAGUUAGGGUUGUGUCCUUUUUUCCCCCCAUGAUUUUCAUUGUCUAACUUGUUUCACUAUUAAGAUUCCUGAAUUAUUUGAUACACGUGAAGCUUUGUAAGCUUGAUUCAUUCUUCAAAGCUGGGAAAUCCUGACAUUGGGAAUUAGAAGUGUUGAGGAUGAGAGUAUUCUGUAUUUAUUUGGUGAGCUUUGUGAUAAUGCAUAAUAUGAGCCUUCGCCUGGUGUUUAAGGCUAGUAUAGUAGCUACUCAGUUUUCUUCUUUGUAUGGGUUGGGGGGUUCAUAAGGUACACAAUAGCCGGCUUAUUUAGCCAGGAAUACCGAUAAGGUGUCAAUCAGGUUUUUUGCCUCCAAAGAGAACCGGUGUAGCAGCAAUCUUGGUGCGACCAAAGUACUUUUUAUUUAUUUAUUUUUAUGCUUUCUGGUC